AAAACGAAAGGACCUGUCGCCCGUCUCUGAAACACAAUUACUUGAAAGAAUAACCAGUUUUUCGGGGUGUCCUUUUUUGAAGAAUACGACGUCCUUGGAUUAGUGAAGCGGAAAACUCGUGGCUCUGAUUCAAAGAAUUUCUGAAUUUUUGUGUCAAAGAAAGGGAAGUUAGCUAGCUAGUGUGUCCAGCUAGCCACCCCUAACCCCGUUCUGUCUCUCGGUAUAAGAGUUAUCUCGUUGGGUGUAUUGUUAUGCAGUUCCCGGUGGACUGUUCUCCUACUCGUUUUCUUCCUCCUCCACCACCUUUGCACUCCCUCACCACGGUCUCUUUGGCCCUAUGUCUCGGUGGCUCUUCCCUUGGUCAGGCUCGAUAAAGAAACGGGCCUGUCGCUAUCUGUUACAGCAUUACCUCGGUCAUUUUUUGGAGGAGAGAUUGAGUUUGGACCAGUUGAGUUUGGACUUGUACAAUGGCAGUGGAGUUAUUAAGGAAAUUAAUCUCGACGUGUGGGCUGUGAAUGAGCUGCUCGAGUCACUUUCAGCCCCUCUGGAGAUAGUGGAGGGUUUUGUACAGAGUAUUUCAGUGACUAUCCCAUGGGCAGCACUUGUCACUGACCACUGCACACUUGAAGUUACUGGGCUACAGAUAACAUGCAGACCCAAAGACAGAACCAGCACAACCUGGGACUCCCAAGGAUGGUCGUCAUGUAUGACCUCCAGCAUGCAGCUGGCCCAGGAGUGUCUGAAGGACCCACCUGAGGCCUCCGAAGAGCCGCCUGCUCCGCUGGAGGGCCUGGAAAUGUUUGCACAGACAAUUGAGACAGUUUUACGAAGGAUAAAAGUUACUUUCCUGGACACUAUUGUGAGAAUUGAACAUCAAACUCCUGAUAAUAAGACUGGGGUCGCCUUAGAGAUGCGAAUUAAACGGCUGGAUUACUGUGAUGAAGCUGUGAGAGACUCAAAUCAAACAGUGCCUGUAGAUAUUCACCAACCCCCAGCCUUUCUGCACAAGAUUCUCACGCUCAACUCCGUACAGAUGCUCUAUGAGACUCUUGGAGAAGUGCAGAGUCAUGCUCCUGAAGAUACAGAGGGCAGCGAGGAUGAAGAGAAAGAUUCGUCCACCCCCCAGCCUUUACGGAUACAUCCAGAACCUUUGCUAAUUGGAAGCUGCUCUGGUUUUAUGGAGACCACUGUCAAAAUUAAACAAAACGACAUGCUUCCGGGGCCCAAGCUGGAGCUAGAUGGGAAGUUGGGCUGUCUCCAUCUCCUACUAUCACCCAGUCAGAUCAUUCACCUAACAGACCUCCUGACUGCCCUCUGCAUUGAAACAGAUGGUGGCAGUCAUGCUCCCGGUGGUGCUGGUGGUGGUGCUAGUCACAGUAGGCCUCUGGGUUCAGAUGAUCUGAGGUUGAUAGAGGAGGACCUUAGCAAACAACUAAGUGUAGAUACAACAGAAAGAGAUCUAGAGCUGAACACUGAGCCCUAUCUCAGUGGCCUGGAGAAUGGAGAGAUGUUUUACUCUAUGGGCCCUGGGUGUAUGACCAGUAGUGUGAUGUCUGCUCGCUCAGGGAGCGAACUCUCUGACAGUGACAUGGAGUCUUCAGUGCACAGCCAAAGCAGCCUGGCUCCACCAUACCCUUUCUCCCCACAGGGAAUGCUUAACUGCCCCAGACGUUAUCCUGUACCAGGAACUUUACCUAGUUUACCCCAAUGUAGCAGGCCUUCACGUCGCUUAACACAGGGUGGCCAGUCAGAAUCUAUGAAGCCUGAUUGUUUGCUCCGACUUUCUCUGGGUGGGGUCACUCUAACUCUACUGGAGAAGGAGCCAUCUUCUGUUUCCGAAGACCCAUCCUCACUGGCUGAGGUGUCCCGGGUGUUCUUUCGUGAGCUGGCCUUUUUUAAGGACAGCAUGUUCAGUGAAAGAGACUUUAAGAACCUGAGAGGCAGCUUCGCUAAAGCAUGUCCUCACUCUCAUCUCAGGCUAACAGGCGCGGCAGUGCAGGUGGCAUGUGAGAUGCGUAGCUCUGGGCGGCAUGCACGCUCCUUGACUUCUGACCUUUCCUUCAGCAGGCUGGAACUGCUGGAGUGUCUUUGGGAGCCAGGAGAUACACAGUACACUGAGUUGUUACAGUUUCAAACCGCUGGGCUCUUUACUGUGGGAGCUACUGCCAGACCCUGUGCUCAAAUCCAUUACAGCCUGACAGAGAAACACCAGCGCAAGAGUGGCUCCAAGCAGCGCAUAGUUCACAGAGACAGCUCAAUUUGUGUAGAGCUGGCUGAGCUCACUACUGAGAUAGAUCUAGACAUCUUGGGCAGAUUGAACAGCAUCACACAAGUGCUGAGCCACUGCCCCAGCCCACCUCAGAGACCAUUAGCCACCCAGACUCAGCUGCUUGAGCAGCACUCUUCUUUUACUCUCCUCUCACCCAAAGCUGUUCUGAGGCUUCGCUUCCCCAUCCCUGACCUGCGACCCUUAGAGCAGAGAAGAUCCCCUAACGAGCGAGCGGUGCGUAAAGAGAUCCUGAGUCUGGAGAUGUCCAACUUUGAGCUGAAGACGCAGCACGGCCCAGAUAUUCAGCAGCAGAUGCCAUCUUCUCCCACAGCCAAGCUUGCACAGCUGCUAGAGGCCAGCUUUAGCGACAUGCACGGAGUGUAUGAGGAUUGGGAGGGAGGCUCUUUCCCUUGUAUUUGUGUCCAAAAAAGUGCAGACUUUCAGGAUCCAGACAGCACACCCAGACUUGUGGUGCGUGUGAGUGGAGAAGCAGACUUGGAUGCUAAAGGCGGUGUAGGUGUGGGUGUGAACAAGGAAGUGGGGCAUGGAUUUGUGUCAGUGGAAAACCCCUGUGAAAUGAGAGAGAAGAACAGCUCCCCUUUCUCCUCCAACCGCACCAUGUUUGAGACAGAAGAGAUGGUGAUUCCAGCAGAUCCAGAGGAGAUGAAGGAAUUCCAGUCACAGUGUGUGGCUCAGAGUCAGUAUGUAGUGGAUAUCACGCUCCCUGUGGCUUACAUCCUGUUGCCUAGCAAAGAGGCUUUUCAAAGCAUCUACAACAGGAUCAAUAAUGAUUUGUUGAUGUGGGAGCCCCCACCAGCACCCCCUUCCCCUCCCACGCGCUCUUACAGCCCCCCACAGCAAUCCACAUUUGAGGACGUUGAGUUUCAGCUCUGCAAAUCUGCCUUCAGACUUGACUCAGACUCAGAUGAGGAAGAAUCCCAGUUCUAUUCACCUAGUGCCCAUGGAACAAAGUUACAGACAGAACCCCAAGCUAAUCACACCCUCAGCCUGCUUUGUCUAACUGUCCUGAUCGGCAAGGGUCGGCUGCAAGCUAUAACGGACACCAAAAAUGAAGCAGGACGGAAGGUGGAACAGUGCCAUGGUGAACUGUUACUAGAUUUUGAAGGCGGGAAGAUUUUCAGUGUUACGCAGCACCAGAAUAAUCCAAAUCUAAACUUUUUAACUAUUGAGAGCACAAAGGCCGAGCUAUACCAUAAAGCCGAGGUCCCAGACUCCCCUAUUCCUCAAAAAUUCGAAAUGCCUCGGUUUAUCCCUCCAAAACAUCUGGACCCGACCAUUUAUCGCACAGAGGUGGGAGUGAGCAACAUGGGACGCAAAGAGACAGGUGGACAGAUGUUGUCAACUGCCAUCAAAAUCACACUAGACCUCCAACGCAACGUCAAGGAGUUCCUUGUUGCAUUACGGCUGCAGGGUGCUACAUUAAGACAUCACAUGGCAUUGACCAAUCACAGCUGGCACGAGCAGCUGGUGGAUUUUCUGGACGUCAUUGAUGAAGAUAUUUUAGGAUACACACCGCCUGCAGUCAUAACAGUGUUACAUACACACCUGGCCACGUGUGCUGUUGAUUACAGGCCACUUUAUCUUCCACUGCGAGUGUUGCUUACAGCUGAAUCUUUCUCUUUAUCCAGUAAUAUUAUUGUGGAUACUGCCACGUUCCAUCUCAGGUUUAUCUUGGAUGACUCUGCAUUAUACCUCAGUGAUAAAUGUGAGAGUGAGACGGUAGAUUUGAAACGAGAUUAUGUGUGUGUGUUAGACAUCGACCUGUUGGAGCUGGCUAUUACGACAUGGAAAGGCAACAACACUGGUAAAAUGACUCAGCCUCUGUUCGAGCUGCGCUGUUCCAAUAACGUGGUUCACGUGCACACAUGUGCAGACUCCUGCGCUGCACUAGUGAACAUGCUACAGUACCUAGUCUCCCAGGGGGACCUGCACCCUCCCCCACGCCAUGCGUCCCCUACUGAGAUUGCUGGACAGAAACUUCCGCUCUCAGAAGCUCCUGCCUCUUUACCACCAUGUCCACCAGCAGAGACAGCUGAGAUUAACCAGUGUGAUCUCACCGAUGCCUUGAUUGACACAGAAAGAAGUCAGCAUGAAGAUCAUGAAGAAACUGAUUUUCCUUCUUCAGUAAAGCGGGGCUCACCUGUAUCAGUCUACCUAUUCCCUGGGGAAGGGUCAAAGUCUCGCUCAUCUCUGCUAGAAGGUGAAGAGUGUGAGCUGGAUCGACCGGUGGUCACAGCUACAGAGGUACAUGCAGAUAUGAUAUUUGAAGAAGGUUCUGAAGGCUCCACUGACAACGAUGACUUCUGUAUUUUAGAGGCUCCUGGUAUUGGCAUUCCUCCUAAAGAUGGAGAGCCAGUUGUGAAGUUAUUGUGCCAGGGUCCUAUUAAGGUGCGUGAUGGCCAUUUCUCCCGCCCCCGAGGCAGUUCGGACCUGCUGCGUGCACCCUCGCUUUUUCCUGUGCCCCAGAGUAGAGUAGUGCUCAGAGAGGUAUCAGUUGUCUGGCAUCUCUAUGGAGGCAAAGAUUUUGGAGGCAAACCCACUGCUGCUCAUACACAACAAAGCCACAGAGGUCGCUCUGCCCCAGCAGGAGCCCGUGCUUCUCCCUCACGCUCUGCUGGCACUUCCAGGCCUCAAAAUUCAUGGCGUUGGGUUGGUGGCAGUGGUAGAAAGCACUCACAGCUUAUGGAGAUCCAGCUGAUGAAGGUGAGCUUCCAGCACGAGUCAUACCCUGUCAUGACGCCCCCUGCAGUCCCAGGGCAGGACGUGGAGGGGGCGGGGCUUGGAGAGCAACCGCUCUCCAGACAGGUGUUUAUUGUGCAGGAACUGGAGGUACGAGACAGGCUGGCCACUUCCCAGAUCAACAAGUUUCUCUACCUAUACACCAGCGAGAGCAUGCCACGGAGAGCCCACUCCAACAUGCUGACAAUAAAGGCUCUACAGGUGCUUCCUGAGUCUGGCCUGGGUGGCCCAGAGUGCUGUCUGAGAGUUAGCCUGCUUCCCCUCAGACUGAACAUAGACCAGGAUGCACUUUUCUUUCUAAAGAGCUUUUUUAGCGACAUGGCUGCUGGCAUUAACCCCUACCUGCCUGUCGACCCAGCAGCUGAAGUAAAGGCAGAAUCUGCACACAAAGCUACAGAAGAGAUGGAAGCUGGCUCUGGAUUGGGCCCUGACCUCACUGCUUCUGUAGAGACAACCUAUAGUGAGCAGAGCUCUUCUUCAGCUGGCUCCUCCUCUUCCUCUGACCAGCCGAUUUACUUCCGGGAGUUUCGGUUCACCUCAGAAGUUCCCAUAUGGCUGGACUAUCAUGGCAAGCAUGUGACUAUUGAGCAGGGGACAUUUGCAGGGAUCCUCAUUGGCCUGGCCCAGCUGAACUGCUCAGAGCUGAAACUGAAAAGACUCUGUUGUAGACACGGGCUGUUGGGAGUGGAUAAAGUCAUUCAGUAUGCUGUGAAUGAGUGGCUAACUGAUAUCAAGAAAAACCAGUUACCAGGCAUUCUGGGAGGUGUGGGCCCAAUGCACUCUGUAGUGCAGCUGUUCCAUGGCGUAAAGGAUCUGUUUUGGAUGCCUAUUGAGCAGUACAGGAAAGAUGGGCGUAUAAUUCGGGGUCUGCAGAGGGGAGCAGCAUCGUUUGGCACCUCUACAGCUUCUGCUGCUCUGGAGUUGAGCAACAGACUGGUGCAGGCUAUACAGGCCACAGCUGAAACUGUGUAUGACAUCCUGUCCCCAACUCCACCUCUAAACCGCUGUGUGACAGAUGGACGACCCACUACCCGGCCUAGACGAACUCCGCAACCAGCUGACCUCAGAGAAGGUGUCGCCAAAGCCUAUGACACCGUCAGAGAGGGGGUGAUAGACACGGCUCAAACUCUGUGUGAUGUGGCCUCUCGCGGACACGAGCAGAAAGGUCUUCCAGGAGCUGUCGGCGGGGUCCUGCGUCAGAUCCCUCCCACCGUGGUGCGUCCCUUAAUAGUGGCCUCUGAAGCUACGUCCAACCUGCUUGGUGGCAUGCGGAACCAAAUCAAACCUGACGCACGUAAAGAGGACUUCUUAAAAUGGCGCACAGAAGAUACUCAAGAAUGACCGAUGACUAGGAUGACUGCUAGAUGAUUUUUGUUAGUGUGAAUGGUGAAUGCAUGAGUGGUCGGGUAAAAAUGUGGAAAAUCUAAUCUAGUAUUAAUGCAAAAAUGAAGAAAAAAAAUUGCCGCUCAGCAAAACAUGAGAUGUUUAAGUGACUUCCAGAUGUUGCACAUUUUCAUGUUCAUAAGCAGAGCUCUUGGCAGAAAAGUGCAAUUCGCUGCCUUCUCUUUCUAGCUGAUGUUAUGCAAUCAUAUCAUUUUAGACAGUGAGUGUGCUUUACACCGUCACUAAUAACCUGAUCAAUAUCUGAUCUCUGCAAGUAUCUGGUUUAGGUUGUUUUUCAAUAGUCAGAUCACUAAAAAUCAGUGUAAUGGCAGUUUUGUCAUGCAUUUUUAAGAAAUUAAAUUGCGCCAUCUGGAUUUAAACCCAGUAAUCAGGUUUAGUUAGACUUCCACAAAGGCAGCACUCAGUUGAACACAACUUAAACAUGUACAUGAGCUGGUGAUUUAUGAUGCUACAUUAAUUUGGGAGCUAAUUAGUUAAAAGUAACCUUGAGAUAAUUGUGCUUCCUACGAAAGAGCAAGAAAUAUGAACAAGACAAAUGAAAUGUUGUAAAACUACAUUGUUACUGGGAAAUGUAAUAAAACAGCGUCACUGAAUAUCAACAUCUGCUAAAAGAUUACUGGCUAAAUUACUGUGUGCAAUGCAGUAACGUCGGACAGGACGCCAGUCCAUAACGGGGUCUUGGUCAUCCCCCAUCCCAGAAAAAAAGCCAAUCAUGUCAGUAUGUAGAUAACUGAUUGGCAGAUAGCACCACUGGGGAUUCAACCCUGAGCGCCGCGAGUAUGUACUGAUUGCCAAAAUCUGAUUAUGUGCUUAUUCUGUGUAUGUAAAGACACUCACUGUUCACUCACUACUAGAUUUCCGUUUCUCUUGGAUUUGCACACCAGGCAUCUAAAAUGAUUCAUUAUUGUUCUCUUAUUAUUUGAACUCUUCAGUAUUCUCUUUUGUCUUUAUAGCUAAUCUAAAUUUCUUCACAUUGUCUUUGUUGGGAUCCAAGACAACCUUAAUGUCCCACAAUCUAGUGUAAAAGUGGCCUUGCCAUAAUUACUCUGAAAUUGUAGGUACUCUUUGUUAGCCUAUAAAAUAACUUAUGAUCUUCUUUAGCUCUAAUCCUAAUGUUAUAGUGUCAUAAUUCUGCUCAUUAUCAAGGUGAACCAUGUUUGUUUGAACAUUAGUUUGCUUUCCUGAUGCCAGUAUACAUGUUUCAUAUUGGGUCCAUAGCCUACCCCGGCAACACUGGGGGCAAGGUGGGACUGCACUAGGAACAAAGCACUAAUACACAGCAAAGCAUAACAGUGUCUCUAAAAUAAGUCCAAUUAUUUUGGAUAUUUGUCUGAUUACUAGACUGCUUUCCUGAGUGACCGUUACUCCUCACAGUUUUUGUGUAGUGGUUAAGCAAAAUUAGACAGGCUGAACCCAAAAUUGCUUGCAUCUCUCUUGUUGGUUGCCUUCUUAAAUUUUAAAACUCUUUUAUUAUGUAAUUUUGAUCAAAAUUCUUAACCAAAUUCAUCACAUUGUAGUCUGUACUGUGAAGCUAUUUAGUAACUGAAAGAUGAGAAAGGGGUUUGUGGUUAAUAUUUGACAUUUUUUGUUUCACACUUUAAGGGACGUGUGUAUGUAUGUGGAUGAAUGAAGAGAUGCAUGUUUUUGGGUUGAUUGUUGUUUCGAUGCAGUGGUCUCCAGGCUGUGUGAAGCAUAGCUUUCACCAUAUGUGUUUUUUUUCUGUGAUUACUUCUAUAUCAUAAGCUGUAAGAAUAAUCUGUAUAAUACCAAAAUAAAAUGUAAACAAGUUAAUACAAAAAUAAUAAAACAUGUACAUAAAACAUUAGUCUGUAUAGAGCUUG